ACAGUUUACUAUUCUAUUACAGUACACCUCAAGAUCUACCUUAAUAACACAUUCUGGAACAUUAUAACAAUUCAGAAUCAAAAGACAUGGACAGCACUACAGCAGCUAAUAUGUCAGUUGUGAAGGAUUCUCCAUUAUUAAGAGAUCAUGUUGUUCUUGUGGAGGGGCGUAUGUUUGUAUCAUUCACCAACCACCUUGAUGCUAUCAGAAAUAUGAGCAAAUACAAGAUGAGAGAUGAUGACGUACUUAUAAGUUCAUACCCACGAUCUGGUACACAUUGGACUACAGCAAUGGUAGACUUAGUUAUGAAGGAAGGAGAUGUAGAAGCUGUUCAGAAUGUAAACAUACAUGACAGAAGCAGUUGGUUGGAGUACUCUAAAGCAGCAUGGGCAGGUACCUUAGACAUCCUAGCGGGAGAAUGGGGAGAGAAUCCUAUGGACGAAGCUGAGAGAGUAGAGUCUCCACGUUUAUUCUCAACACAUCUAGGCUAUGAUAAUGUUCCAGAAGAUGUCCGACAAGGGAAAUGUAAGGUGAUUGUAACACUGAGGAAUCCAAAGUCAGUAUUAGCCAGUCUCUAUAAGUUUAACCAGUCAGCCGCAAUGGACGCAGUAUUUGACAAGAAACCUGACCAGGAUCUAGUACUUGACUGCCAACUUACUGAUGAACUUUACAGAACACACUAUGGGCCAUGGAUGAAUAAUAUAGAGCAAUGGUGGAUUCACAAAGAUGAACUUAAAGGCAAAAUUUUGUUUGUGGUAUAUGAAGAAAUGAUAAAGAAUAUGCCUAAAGUCCUUAAGGAAGUUGCUGAAUUUUUAAACAAGGAUAUUCCAGAAGAAAGAAUUCAUAAAAUGGCUGACUACCUCAAGUUUGACAACAUGAAGCAAAGCAAAGCGACAGGAGAUGCCUUGGGAAAGAUGAAACAGGGAGCCAAGGUUGACAAAAAUACAGAACUGACACACAUGUGUAAAGGUACCAUAGACGACUGGAAGAAUGUGUUCACAGUGGCACAGAAUGAAAGAAUGGACAAAUUCUACACAGACAGACUGGAAAAAAUAGGACUAAAACUUGAUUUUGAAUGAUUCCAAAACCAUCACUUCAGCUGAAUAUCUGUUAUCAAUUUUCAUAAAGCAAAAACUCUUACAUAUCAAUAAGGAGCACUCUGUUUGUAUCAAGGAGGAUUGGAUCCCAGAAUGCAAUAUU